GGGGGCGGCGACAGCAGAACGUCCACUGCCUGGAGCAGGUAACCUGCCGGGGCCGCCCGGCGCAGCCUCCGCGAGGUGUGGAUCGAGGGCGCCCCGAGAGCCGCGCGUGGAGACCUCGGCGCCCGGGCGUGGGAGGGAGCCGGAGGGCCCAGGAAAGCGAAUGUGAUGGCAACAGAAUUUGUAAAGACUUGCUGUAGAGGAUGUUUUUAUGGUGAAGCAGAAAAGCACAACGUCUCCGUGGAGAGGGACUUCAAAGCCGCAGCGCCAGACUGCUACCGCACUCCCGUCCGUGCGCCCCCGCUGACCGCCGUCUCCGUGAAGCCGCAGGUCGGCUGCACUGAGGAUUACUUACUGUCCAGAUUGCCCCCUGAUGGCAGACAGGUGCCCUUCGUGGUGCCCACGUUUAAGUUAUCGUACAUUCAGCCCAGGAUACAAGCAACCCCUUCACAUCUCGAAGAACUUGAAGGAUCUGCCAGAGCAUCUUUCGGAGAUCGAAAGGUGGAACUUUCCGGCUCGGCCCACCCUGGACCCAGCUAUGACGUGUACAACCCGUUCUACAUGAGUCAGCGCAUUUCACCAGAUAUGAGGCGGCGCGUUCCUCCCUGUUUAGAAGCCACAAGACUAUAUGGAUCAGUUUGUGAUUUGAGGGCCAGCAAGCUUCCUGGUCCGUCUGGACUAAGCAAGUCUAUGUUUGAUCUUACAAGCUCAUCGCAGAAGUUCGCCCAGAGGCACGACUCGCUGUCCAGUGUGCCCAGCAGCUCCUCGUCGAGGAAGAAUUCUCAGGGGAGUAACAGAAGCCUGGAUACGAUCACGCUCUCAGGAGAUGAGGGGGACCUGGGGAGGCUGAGUGUGAGAGUGUCCUACAAUUCCUCAGCCGAGCAGAUCUGGAUCACGGUGCUACAGUGCAAAGAUUUAAGCUGGCCCUCUAGCUGUGGCGAUGCUCCUACGAUUUCUGUGAAGGGAACGCUGACGUUGCCCAGGCCGGUGCGCUUCAGAUCUUCAGCCAAGGAAGCCUCCAAUCCUAUUGAAUUUCUGGAAACUUUUGUAUUUGCUAUUAAACUCCAAAGUCUCCAAACUGUAAGGCUUGUGUUCAAGAUUCAGACCCAGACUCCCAGGAAGAAGACUGUCGGAGAGUGCGCGCUGUCACUCAGAACCCUCGGCACGCAGGAAACGGAUUACUCUCUGGAAAUAACACCACCUUCGAAAAUCUCUGUUUGCCAUGCGGAACUUGAACUGGGGACUUGUUUUCAAGCGGUAAACAGCAGGAUUCAGUUACAGAUUCUGGAGGCACAGUACCUUCCGAGUUCCCCAACGCCUCUGACUUUGAGUUUUUUUGUGAAGGUGGCGAUGUUCAGCUCGGGCGAGCUGAUUUAUAAGAAGAAGACACGCUUACUGAAGGCCUCCAAUGGAAGAGUCAAGUGGGGAGAGACCAUGAUUUUUCCACUCGUGCAGAAUGAAAAAGAAAUCAUUUUUCUCAUCAAGCUUUAUAGCCGGAGCUCUGUGAGAAGACGGCAUUUUGUGGGGCAGAUCUGUGUAAGCGAAGACAGUAAUAACAUCGAAGCAGCAAACCAGUGGAGAGAGACAGUUACAAAUCCUGAAAAGGUUGUUACCCAGUGGCACAGAUUAAAUCCAUCUUGAAGACUGCACAUAUUAUUUGGGGAAGAAAUUGACCUUCUUUUAGAAGACUUCAAUUUGCUACCAAUGAGAAGAGACAAACCAUUAUAUUUCUCAAGUUAUUUAUGAGGGUCAUAAUUAUAGUAUAUAAUGGACCUGUUAGAAAAUUGAACUUGAUAAAAAAUAGUAUGAAUUGUAUCAAAUAUCCAAAGUAAAGGAAGUGUUUAAAAAUUCUUCCAAAAUAGACCAUAAAAUAAAAUGUUUGUAUUAUUAGGGCAACUAAAUAAAUUUAAAAAAACAA